GAUCAGCUCUCAGUGACACUGAGUCAGUGUUUGUUAAGAGAACAGAGGAACAUGGCUUCAUCCUUUCUCAGGGUCUCCCUGCUCUUCAUCAGCCUCUACACAGCAGAUGGAUUUAUGCAUUAUGCUCUGAACCGUUGUGUGUUUAACUCGUCUGAUCUGAACGGCAUCGAGUACAUCUUCUCUUAUUACUACAACAAGUUGGAGUACUUGAGGUUCAGCAGCAGUUUGGGGAAGUUUGUCGGAUACACUGAGUUUGGAGUGAAGAACGCAGAGAACUUCAACAAAAAUCCUUCAGAACUGGCUGCGAGGAGAGCUCAGAAGGAGACGGUCUGCAAAAACAACAUUGAUGUUGACUACCAGGCUGCUCUGACUAAAUCAGCUGAGCCCUAUGUCAGACUGAGCUCUACGGAGCCCUCUGGUGGUAAACAUCCGGCCAUGUUGGUCUGCAGCGUCUACGACUUCUACCCCAAACAGAUCAGAGUCAAGUGGACCAGAGACGGACAGGAAGUCACCUCUGAUGUCACUUCCACUGAUGAGCUGGCAGACGGUGAUUGGUACUACCAGAUCCACUCUCACCUGGAGUACACGCCCAGGUCUGGAGAGAAGAUCUCCUGUAUGGUGGAACACGCCAGCCUGAAAGCUCCUCUGAUUACUGACUGGGACCCGUCCAUGCCUGAGUCUGAGAAGAACAAGAUUGCCAUCGGAGCCUCAGGACUGAUCCUGGGUCUGGUCUUAUCUCUGGCUGGAUUCAUCUACUACAAGAGGAAGGCCCGAGGAAGGAUUCUGGUUCCCAGUAGCUGAUUCUGGACCUGGUUCUGGUCCUGUAGCUGUUUGUCAGAUGGAAUAAAAAGCAGCAGCUGCUUCAACCUGCUUCGUGUGUUUCAGCUCAGCAGACUGUCGGUCCUGGACCAUCUGCUGGACCGACUCAACUCCUGAUUCUCUGAUGAUCUGGACUCUGAUACUCAGCUGGUCUCAACCUGAUCCAGGACUGUGGUGUUACUCUGAUGGUCCUGGACCAGGUCUGAACCUGAUCCAGGACUGUGGUGUUACUCUGAUGGUCCUGGACCAGGUCUGAACCUGAUCCAGGACUGUGGUGUUACUCUGAUGGUCCUGGACCAGGUCUGAACCUGAUCCAGGACUGUGGUGUUACUCUGAUGGUCCUGGACCAGGUCUAGUCUGGACUCUGGUGUAUCCCAGCUGGAUCUGAACUCUGCUUCAUCUACAUGUGAUAUGAUUCUUUUCUGUGUGAAAUCAAUAUUUUUCAGCCACUUAUAUCCACAAACGUAAUAACUCUGAUCUUUAAAUCAGAUAUAAUCAGUUAUUUGAAUGAUUUGGGGGCUGGUAGGUUGUGUGAUUGUUAGAUUUAUAUAUUUUUACUGGAGUGGAACAUUUUCUAACCCUAAUAAACUGAUCAGAAAACU